AUAAAAAAACAAACAAAACAAAAACAAUAAUUUCAUUUUCAUAAAAAAUCAAGCAAGUAGUAGAGAGAAAGAGAGGGAGAGGAACGAAAGAGAGGGAGAGGAAGAAUGGCAUUAUCAACAGUAACAUAUUCACCAGCACAAAAGGGGAUAGUAAUUUCAAUUCCAACGUUAGUUCUUUCGGUUUUGAUAGCAGCAAUAAUGUUAUUCUUUCUCCUGUCUUCUCUCUCUACAUGUUCUUGUCCCGCUUCUUUGCAAAGCUUUAAUGAUAAUAACAGUGGUGGAGAUGGGCUUGGCGAGGUUGAUAGAAAAGAAAGAAUAUCAGCUACAGAAGAGGAUAUUGAAUGGAUUAAAGAUCAGAUCCAAGCUAAUGGUUUACAUAUGCAAGAUAAUGUUCUUCGUAAAGGGAUUAAUCCUCGUACUAGAGCUCAACAGUUACAAGAUCUUAUCCAGUUCAAGGGCAUAUCACAUUAUGAAGGGCCAGAGUCAGAUAAUCACACUGCACUCCCAUGUCCUGGUGAGCUACUUGUGGAAGAGCACCAUAGCAACUAUGGGGAGCCCUGGGCAGGUGGACGGGAUGUGUUUGAGUUCCUUGCUGAGUCUAGCCGCCUAUCACCCAACUCACGUGUGCUUGAGAUUGGGUGCGGAACUCUCCGUGUUGGCUCACAUUUUAUUCGUUAUCUCAGCCCUGAGCACUACCACUGUCUUGAAAGAGAUGAGCUCUCUCUGAUGGCUGCGUUCAGAUAUGAACUUCCUUCUCAGGGUCUUUUACACAAGCGUCCUCUGAUUGUGCGAGGUGAAGACAUGGAUUUCUCCAAGUUUGGUUCUCGAGUGGUGUAUGAUUUGAUAUAUGCUAGUGCUGUGUUUCUUCAUAUGCCUGAUAAGCUUGUCUGGGCUGGACUAGAAAGAUUAGUGAGCAAGCUGAAGCCUUAUGAUGGCCGAAUCUUCGUGUCACAUAAUAUAAAGUUCUGCUCAAGAUUGGGAGGUGAGGAAUGCACUAAGAGGUUGACCAGUUUGGGACUUGAGUAUCUAGGAAAGCAUACACAUGAUAGCUUGCUUUUUAAUCACUAUGAAAUUUGGUUCGAGUUUAGGCGUUCCAAAGCUUAGAGAGUGCAGAAUAGAAUAGGCUUCUUGGUUUUGGUUGUAGGCAAUUCGGAUGCAAGAAUGGAGCCUCCAAGUUGUUGUAUACUUGUUUUGUUGCUUCUGUUCACUUCAUCUUCAACAUCCAGUUGAUAACAGCAAGAAAAAAAAAAUAGAGAGAGAGGAUCAAUGACCUUGCUGGCUUUGUUUGGCUUGAACUUCAGUUUGAUGAUGGAAUGGGGGUAUUUUAAUCA